AUGGCAACCUCAAAGAGCUUCAUCAACGGGCUUCAUGUUGACUCGAGGUCCAUUUCCCGUGCAGGGGCUGGACGAGCAGCCUUCCAGCAUAGGGAGCAACUCAAGCAUGCUCGUCGCAUCGUCGUCAAGCUGGGUUCAGCCGUUGUCACUCGUCAGGAUGGUUGUGGUCUAGCUCUCGGCCGCCUCGCCUCCAUCGUCGAGCAGUGCGCCGAGCUUCAGAACGAGGGCCAUGAGCUGCUGAUGGUGACCUCGGGGGCCGUGGCCUUCGGGGCACAAAAGAUGGCCCAGGAGCUGCUCAUGUCACUCAGCAUGAGGGAGACUCUCUCUGGCAGGGACAGCCUCCGCGGGGAAGAGGUGAGAAACAUGUUGGCACCCCGAGCUUCAGCUGCCGUGGGUCAGUCUGGUCUAAUGUCGCUGUACGAGGCUAUGUUCGCUCAGUACGGUGUCAGGGUGGCUCAGAUCCUCAUCACUAAGCCUGAUUUCUACAACAACGAGACGCGCCAGAACCUCAACUCCACCAUCAACGAACUCAUCGCUCUCAACAUCCUACCCAUCAUCAACACCAACGACGCCGUCACCCCUCCUCCCCAGGUGCUGGACGAAGAAGCCACCAAGAAGCUUGACAUCCGAGACAAUGAUUCACUCGCCGCUCGUUUGGCAGUAGAGGUACAGACAGAUCUCCUUAUCCUUAUGACUGACGUUGACGGCAUCUACAACAAGCCGCCCAACACUGAAGGUGCUCGCUUGAUUGACAGCUUUGUUCCUGAAAUGAUUAAUAAUUUGGAGUUCGGUCAGAAAUCCUCAGUUGGAACUGGUGGAAUGGACUCAAAAGUCAAGGCUGCCAGCUGGGCACUUGAUCGAGGGACAUCUGUCGUAAUAUGCAAAGGGAUGUCACAGGGCGCAAUCAAGGGCAUCGUGCAAGGUCGUAAAAUAGGGACAUUUUUCACGACGAACAACGAUAGUGGACUUGCUGUAGAAGUACUCACUAAGAACGCCCGCCAAGGCAGUCGCCUCUUGCAGUCUCUCUCCCCCAGUGAUCGUGCUGCUGCUGUCCUCACUCUUGCUGAGCUCCUCGAGACUCGUCAGCCAGAUAUAUUAGUGGCUAACCAGAAGGAUCUCGAGGAAGCGGCCAAAGCUGGAAUCUCAUCAGCUCUCACCUCUCGCUUGAGGCUCACGCCUGCUAAGCUCAGCAACUUGGCAAAUGGAUUACGCCAAAUUGCUGCUGAUUCCAAAGAUAUUGUGGGCCGCACCCUCUCCCGAACCUUAGUGGCUGAGGGGAUUGAACUUCGACAGAUUACUGUGCCAAUUGGGGUUCUUUUGGUAAUAUUUGAAUCUCGUCCAGACUGUCUACCACAGGUGGCUGCACUGGCUAUCUCGACAGGGAACGGGUUGUUGCUGAAAGGGGGCCGUGAGGCACAUCAUAGCAACCAUGUACUGAUGGAUCUGGUUAAGGAGGCACUCAGCACUGUUGGUGCUACUGGUGCUAUCUCUUUGGUCACGAAACGUGAUGAAAUUUCGGACUUGUUGCAGUUGGAAGGUGAAAUUGACCUGGUGAUCCCUCGAGGUUCCUCAACCCUGGUGCGCACCAUUCAGGAACAGUCCAAGUCCAUCCCAGUGCUGGGUCAUGCUGAGGGCAUCUGCCACGUUUACAUCGAUAAAGAUGCUGACCUGGAGAAGGCUAUCAAAAUAGUGCGUGACGCCAAGUGCGACUACCCAUCCGCUUGCAACGCUAUGGAAACACUGUUGAUCCACGAGGAGGUCUUCCAUAACACCAAGUUCUUCGCCAAUGUGUGUCAGAUGCUGCAGCGUGAGAAAGUCACCAUUAACGCAGGCCCUAAGCUCUCCAGCAUGCUCACAUUUGGACCACCGGUCGCCAAAACUUUCAAGAUGGAGUUCAGUGACUUGGAGUGCAUCAUCGAGGUAGUAAAAGACACAAGUGAAGCUAUCAACCACAUCCACCACUACGGCUCGUCCCACACUGACGUGAUCGUCACAGAGAACCAAUGUGUGGCAGAUCAUUUUCUCAGCACCGUGGACUCUGCCUGUGUCUUCCACAACGUCUCAUCCAGAUUUGCUGACGGAUACCGCCUAGGGUUGGGAGCUGAGGUUGGCAUAAGUACUGCUCGCAUCCAUGCCCGAGGGCCUGUAGGUAUGGACGGUCUUCUCACUACCAAGUGGGUCCUCAGAGGUGACUGUGGGACAGCGUCUGACUUCACUGAAGGCAAGCGAGUCUUCCUUCACGAGAGGCUGCCAAUUGAUGGUGAAAUAAACAACACAAACAUCCCCAUAGAAAAUCUAAGUAUCGGGGAGUGACAUGGGCAGUCAUCUUUGCCGAAGAAUAUGCUCAGGAAAAAACAUGACAUAUUAAGAAUUCUUGUCUUGCUUUCACUAAGUGUUUAAAAUUGAGCUCCUCGGUGAAUUUUUCCAGGGAUCUUACAUCUCAGGCGGUGGAAACAGAGCAAAAUAACAACAAUAGUAAUAAUAAGAAGAAAUAAGAAUCUAAGUCGUCAGACAAAACCAGUGAUAAUAAUAUCACACCUUUAAUGAAAGGCUUUAUUUAUCCAUCAGUUAUACUGAAUAAACCGAUGUGCACUUGUUUCUACAGUAAGUGGUUAAUAAAUGUGCUUCCUGCAGUAAAAAUGUGUUUUAUUUUUACCU